GCCUGCUCGAAUAUCACAACCUACAUUCUCCCAUACUCCAUCUCUCCAACGUAACUACUCCACCGUCCAUCCAGUCCCGUCCAUUUCCCCGUUUGGUUAAGCUUCCGUUGCUUGCCUCCCGUCCCUCCCGCCAUCGCUUCUCCAGCUUCUCAAGUGAUCGGCUCACAUCACGUCUUCCUCUUACUUACGUCCCAUGGUCGAAGCUUCGGUCCCGACCUCGACGAUGUUGCUGGGCGAUUGUCAUGAUCUCGUCUACCUCUAAUACAUCUCCACUGCAUAUUAAACCUCACCUUAUACCUUCCGAACCAAGCCCAUCUACCAAGGCCGUCCUCGCCUCCUUGGCCGAACCAGCCGGCAACCUUGCAAGUUGCUCCCGCGACCCCGCCGAAGUCUUGUCACUUGUCAUCCAUCCAUCGGUGAUCCAUCUUGACCUCCAUAAAACCCCAGCAACACGAUCCUACAUCUGCGCUGGACCACCAUGUCCUAGCCAUGGCAACCUUGAUUAACACGUCGGAUUCGGUUCCACCACCGCGCCCGAUCCGCUUCGUACACAACCAAGGACAACCACCAUCCAAGCGGCGGAGAAUCAAUGCUGCCUGCUUAACAUGCCGUAAACGAAAAACGAGAUGCGCUGGCGAACGGCCUCUUUGCUCGACCUGUACCAAGAAUGGCCAUCGGUGUUUGGGAUACCCGGAAGAAAUCAAGAAGGAGGAGGGCGAAAAGCAUGGACUUGCAUGGAGACCUGAGGCCGACCGACGAGACCUACCCGAUCGCCGCGACGAUGACGAAGAUACAAAACCCCACAAACCUAUGAUCCGCGCCAAGGUAACCCCCGAGGUACUGGUUGCGCCACGACCGCCGCUCGAAGCGACCUUGCUAUCCAAAGCGACUGAGCCAGCUGAAGGUGAUGCGCCGGGUGUGGCAGGACGCAUUUCCCAGUCAAGCCAUGGCCAUGGCCACGAUCCAUCGAGCUCUCCAACAGCUGUCCGUCGCUCUGAAAACAAUCGCGUUCCAUACUUCCGAUACUUUGGCCCAACUGCCAUUGUCCCCGGCUUCAAACAAAUGGUCGUUUCGGUGCGUGAUCGCCGUCGCUCGACCGCUGGUUCCAUCGCCCCAACUUCACCUGUGUCUACUCAUAGCGGAGCUCUGGGUAGCAGCUCCGCCGCCGAGAGCGAUGUUGUCAUUGAGGACCUACCCGUCUACGAUCCAAACGAUCCGGCUCCGGUGCACCCCCUCAUAAUCAACCUUGUCAACACAUUUUUUCUUCAGAUGGGCUCGAGUUAUCCGUUCCUCAAGCAACCGAGGUUUUUGCGCAUGGUCAAGGAGAAAAGGGUUGAACCAAUCCUUGUGGACUCCGUUUGCUCUCUUGCAGCGAGGUUUUCAGACCUACCCGCCCUUACGGGUGGAAAUAACAAGAUGCGUAGGACUGAGCGUGGUACUGCCUUUGCUCAGAGAGCCAGGCAGGCCACUGUUGACACGUUCCCAUGCCCAACCGUUGGUGCCGUCCAGGCGUGCCUCCUGAUGGCUUACGAAGGGUUUGGCGCAAGUCAAGACAGCGCAUUGUGGAUGUACCUUGGCCUAGCUAUCCGGAUGGCCGUGGACUUGGGCCUGCAGAAGGAAGUGGGAGUCCAAUACCAGGGCGAAAAGGAUCCCCUCUACAUAAGCUGGAUCAGGAAGCCUGGCGACGAGGAGAGCCCCGAGGAAAAGGAGGAUGAAUUGAGCCCACCCAACCCCGAGCAACAAAAGGAGGUCGUCCAGGAGCGUAUGGACACGUUCUGGGCAGUCUUUAUUCUAGACCGCGUCAUCUCGUCAGGAACAGGCCGCCCGGUGACGUUCCGCGACGACGAUUUUGAGCUCACCUUUCCCGAGCCUUCGAUUGACCCGGCCACUGGGUGGCCUGCGCCCUUCCCCAUCUUCCUUCAAAUCAUCAACCUCUACGGCCGCGUGUGUGACGUGUUGAACAAGAUUCGUGAUGCCCAAGACUUGACCAAGGAUACUUGGGACAAGCUUGGCGAAAUGGAACAUGAACUUACCCGACUCUACAAGGGCUGGGACUGGCGACUGCAGUUCAACGUGAGCAACUUCAAGGUGUAUCUUGGGGCCGGUCAGGGUACCACUUUCAUCUUGCUGCAUUUCUGGUUCCAUGCCCUAUUCAUCAUACUCCAUCAGCCGACGCUGCUUACGCCCUUUGCUGAACUCCGAAGCGAACUGCAGCUGGUGCCAGACAGCCGAGAGCUCAGCAUGAGCAGCGCCAAGACGAUCUGUGAUAUCCUGUCCUUUGCGGACCUGAUUGACCCUAAGAGCUUCAUCGGGAACCCGUUUACAAGCCAGCCCAUCUACAUUGCUGCCUGCGCAUUCCUCAUGGAAUCGAGCGCGAAUGCCUCGGAGACCCCAUCCAGGGCAAGUUCACCACCAGGCCUUAAGCGGCCGGAGCAGCCCACACAGGCAAAGUCGUCGAGGCACUCUCUUCUUGCCUCAGCGGCCAAUCAGAACUACCAACGUUGUUACAACUCGCUUCAACAGGUUGAGAUGUAUUGGGGCGGUGUCAAGUACAUAUUGACAGCUCUAGACCAAAAGUCCAAGGGCAUCUGGGAUUGCGAGACAUACACGUCGGAGGAGUAUGAGAGCACCAAGUCCCAUCGAGACAGCAAAGGCAACAUAAACACGUUCCCGAGAUUCGCAUCCCCGAAGGUGUCAGGGCCGCCCAUCGCCUGGAGUCUAGCAGGGACAGCCAAUUCACCUAGCUCCAGUUUGACACUCAUGUAUCAGAAUCCGGAUACAAUGGCUGGCACCCACCCCACACAGCCACUGAGGCAAACAAGUACUCCUCCCGGGAACAUGGUCUACGACCCUAUUAGGCAGAGCCUGCCAGAGUCAACAACUCUGCUGGCUCCAGCAUAUCCCCAACUAAAUACCUCUGCGGUGAGGCAGCCUCCGCGACCCUCGAUGCCGCGUCGACAUAGCAAUAUGUCUGCCACCAGCGGCCCGAGUCGGCCAACGGUCAAAUUCGACGUCUUGCCCGAGGACGGGUAUGGCACAGAACUGUACAUGGUGCCCAGAUUCACGCCCUCGAACCAGCAAUCCAACGGAUACGAUGCAUACAGCGCAUCAUCGUCGAGCACCAUGGCAGAAAACGGUGCGAUUCCGGUGUCAACAAUGUCCGCUACCCACCCCACCAACUGUGUAGGGGCAAAUGAAGUGUACUAUGGGUCAGGCGGAGUGCCAUUCCAAAUGCCAUGGACUCAGCCGAUGGGAAACAUGAAUUCCAUCACUUUCAACAGUCACGACAUUGACAUUGAAGCCCUUGGUCUCCAGCAGCCGGAGUUGAUCGGCCCUUGGCUUGAAUACAUACCCGGGGAAGUGUUGGGACUGUUUCAGAACCCGUACAUGGGACAGGGCCCUUGAAAUUUACUAUAACCAUUCACGAUUUUAUCCAAGUUCAUACGGAAGAUUACUGUAUCUGCUUUACGGCGCGGGUUGGGCUCGAGGAAUACCAGGUCUAGGACGGCGUUUGCAAUGGGUAUGGAAAACAGGGGCAUGAUAUAGACAUAUCCAAGGUUGGCUUGGUCUAGGGUCUACGGGGGUUUGGCUCAUGUAUUUCGGGCGUUCGCAAUGUGAUGUGGAUUGAAUGCUAGGUCACUUAGGAGCGGGUACCGACCGCUAUUCAGACCGAUGUUAUGGUUUGCGACAUGAUUCAGAAAGGUUGUAGUCUUUGAUACGCAAGAGACGACGAGAAAUAUAGUGCAUGGACAUAUCCAAUCAUCUAACUUAUA